GGAAGUAGCAAAGCUUCCGACGAAAUCCAAAUCAUCGGCAGAAGAUGAGUCGCAUUUAUGACAACACUGCGUUAUUAAACAAACCUGUCCAUAAUGAGAAAAUCUCUACGUGGGAUCCAUUAGUUCACCAGAGUGGUCAUGGUGUCAUUUUAGAGGGGGCGGUCCUGGAUAUGUCGCGCCAUGUCAUAACAGAUGAGAACAACAGAAAGGAGCGCUACAUUGUUUUGUACAUCAAACCAAGCAGAAUCCAUCGCAGAAAAUAUGAUUCCAAAGGAAACGAGAUUGAACCCAAUUUCAGUGAUACCAGGAAAGUGAACACGGGAUAUCUGAUGUCGUCCUUCAAAGUGGAGGCUAAGGGAGAAACAGAUUGUCUAAAUGAGCGCCAACUGAGUGACAUUGUGAAUAAAGACCAACUGCUCAAAGUAACAGCAAAACAUUGUCCUAGUCGGGCUUUAGCAUUCUGGAUCUCAGAAGCAGAGAUGGACAGAACAGAGCUUGAGACAGGCCAAGAAAUCCGUCUUAAAACGAAAGGAGACGGGCCCUUUAUUUUUUCCUUCGCCAAACUGGAUGGUGGCACAGUGACGAAAUGCAACUUUGCAGGAGACGAGAACGCUGGAGCAUCGUGGACGGAGAAAAUAAUGGCUAACAAAGCAGAUCAGGAACAUCCAGGGAAGAGCGGCGGACAGGGCGAGGGAGUAGACGAUGAAGAAUGGGAUGACUGAAUGACACCAUUGAGCUUCAAGGAUUGCAUCGCAGUGCCUUAUCUGUUCUCCAAAUGUAUAUUUACGGCUGUGCCACAAAACAAAACCUUACAGUCAGUAUUCAUGUUGUCACAUGAAUGUAUACAGCAAAAUUCUCUUUUAUGUAUUAUAUUGUACUUAAGUGUUUUAUAUGUGUAUUAAAGAUAUAUCCUUAAGAUCAUUAAGCACUGUAAAUUGAAAACAACUGUACUAUGUCAUAUUUAGUGUGAAAUGCAACAAUAUUAAUAUUUUAGCUGAGAGCCAAUAAACUGAAUUAAAAAAAAAAUAAAAUCAAAUGUGUUAAAUGCUA